AUGUCACGGCCAAUUCUGUUGACGCUGGCAGCACUAUUCUGCACUUGCAGCAGUGGGGUCACGGGGGGCAAGAUCUUGGUCUUCCCCAUCGACGGCAGCCACUGGAUCAACAUGAAAGUUUUGAUCGAGGAACUACACACCCGAGGCCAUGACAUUACUGUAGUGCGACCAUCUGACAGCUGGUACAUCCAACCAGAGUCAGACCUCUAUAAGACCAUCACACUACACUCCCAGGGUGGCUUUGACGAACUCAGUUUCGGCUCCUUCGCCAACCGGCUGCUCACUAUGCGGCGGGACGGUGCGUCCCUGUGGAAGCGGCUGGCACUGGAAUAUGAGCUGGUCAACCAGUUCUACAUCCUUAACCAGCAAACAGUGAACAUGAUUUCCAAGGUGUUCGAGGACCAAGAGAUGAUGAGGAACCUACAGGAAGCCAAUUACGAGGUGGUUCUCACCGAUCCAGCGAUUGGGGGUGGUGUCCUUCUUGCUCGCCGUCUGGGUCUCCCUCUGGUAUUGAACGUCCGUUGGACUGUUCAGGGUGAGGCGCAUAUGGCCAUUGCGCCCUCACCCUUGUCUUAUGUCCCCGUCCCGGGAGCCAAUCUGACAGAUAAGAUGACGUUCUGGGAGCGUUUCAAAAAUGUCUUGUAUUUCUUGUUUACACGUUGGCAGGUUUGGUAUGUUUCAGACUCAACUUACAAAUCUUUUGUCCACCGCUAUUUUGGCCCGGACAUUUACUACAUGGAGCUUUUCCAGUCGGCCGACAUCUGGCUGAUGAGAAAUGACUUCACCUUUGAGUUCCCGCGGCCCACCAUGCCCAAUGUGGUCUACAUGUCCGGGUUCCAGUGCAAGCCGGCCCGGCCACUCCCUGCUGACCUGGAGGACUUUGUGCAGAGUUCUGGGGAGCACGGCGUGAUUGUGAUGACUCUGGGAACCCUUGUGGCAGACCUCCCCGAGGAUAUCACCGAUGGAAUUGCCGCUGCCUUCGCCCAGCUACCCCAAAAGGUGAUCUGGAGGCACCGGGGUAAGCGUCCGUCUACCCUGGGAAACAACACGCUUCUCCUUGAAUGGGUUCCACAGAAUGAUCUACUAGGUCACGCUAAAACCAGACUCUUUGUCGCGCACGGCGGCACCAACGGUCUGCAGGAGGCUAUUUACCAUGGCGUCCCACUGGUAGGCCUCCCACUGAUGUUCGACCAGCACGACAACUUCUUCCGGAUGAAGGCCAGGGGGGUUGCCAAGGUGCUCGACAUAGCCACAGUGAACCAGGAGAAUUUUCUGGAAGCCUUACUGGCGGUUCUGCACGAGCCGUCGUAUGCCGACAAGAUGCGGAAGUUGUCAGCGUUGCACCGUGACCAACCGAUCCCACCUCUGCGCCGCGCUGUCUUCUGGAUCGAAUUUGUCAUGAGACACAAGGGGGCCCCGCACCUGAGGACCGAAUCCUACAAGAUGUCAACUGUACAGUACUACAGUCUGGACGUAGCGGCCUUCCUGAUGGCUGUGGCAGUAACAAUUGCUGCUAUCUGCAUUAUGCUGCUAAAGCUUUUGUGGCGAUGUUUGUUUUAUAGAUUCAAGAUGAAGAAAGAAUGA